AUGUCCGACACCGGCAGCUUCGAGGUCGUUCAGCACGAUGAGGCUCCCAAGGCCGCCCCGCGCUCCCCCAGCACAAAGUCCACCGUCUCGACCGCUUCCUCCCUGAAGAAGCCCAGCUCGAGCUCCGCCGCCGCCGCCGCCACCUCGUCCGCCCGCCGUCCCACCACUUCUUCGACGACGAGCACCGGCAAACCCGCGAGCACCACCUCCUCGACCACCUCCCGCGUCGCCGGCGGCCUGACCAAGCCUCCCACCCGUCCCCCUGGCGGCGGCUCCAGCACCUCGACCACCACCGUCCGCAAGCCCGCGAGCGUCUCGUCCACCGCCACCCACCGCUCGCGACCCAGCGUGUCUGCCUCCGAGGACGAGUCCAAGAGGACCGCCCGCCGCACCUCCACCGCCCCAGCAGUGGCGCCAGCGCCCAGGGAGAAGAGGACCUCGACCCUCGGCGCCGCCACCGCUGCCGCGCGGAAACCCGCCAGCUCCGCCGCCAGCUCGACCGCCGGCAGGCCCUCGUCGACCAUGUCGCGCACCCCGAACUCGGUCGCGCCCCGGCCCUCCUCCAUCAGCUCGCGCUCGUCGGCCGCCACCGGCCCCGUAGCCGAGGCCAAGAAGCGUCUCUCGACCGCCUCGAGCUCCACCAUUACCCCCACCUCCGCCGCCGCCCCGAGAGCCCGCACUUCCAUCCGCCCCGAUUCCUCGGGCGCAUCCGAGGCCCUCGGCAAGGAGGUCGAACAGCUCAAGGCGCAGCUCACCGAAAAGGAGACGGAGCUGGCCGACAAGGAGGCGCAACUCACCGAGCUCAAGUCGCAGGUCCAGCAGUCCCAGGACAAGUUGACGCAGUACUCUGAUGGGGUGAACAGGGAUGCCGUCCAGGUGAGGAACGCCGUCCUCAAUAUCCAAAAGACCCACCAGGACCAGGUGACCGAGUUGAAAGCUAAGCAGACCGAGCUCGCGAACCAGGUGGAUGAGGCCAAUGAACAUCUGAUGGCCACCGAUGCUGACUACGAGAAACAGCAGAGCGAGUACAAGGACGCCGUCGCCGCCAAGGAGGCCGCAGAGGCCGAGCUCGCGGAGCUGAAGCAGUCUCUCGAGACCCUCCAGGCCGAGCACGAGGAGAGGCUCAAGGAGAGCGAGGCCGCCCUGCACAAGGCCAUGGAGGAGCACGCCAGCAAGCUCGAGGAGCUGCAGAACUCCCUGACCGAGCAGCACAAGUCGGCCAUUGAGGCGCUCGAGGCCAAGCACGCCGACGAGCUGAGCCAGGGCUUGUCCGCCACGACCGACCAGGAGGAGGCCCUGGCCAAGAUGAAGGCCAGCCACGAGGACGCCAUCGCCGAGCUUCAGAAGAAGAUUGACGACCUCACGGCCUCGCAGAACGAGCUCGAGGUCGCGCACGAGAGCAAGGUCAACGCCGAGGUCGAGGCCCACAACACCAAGCUCGCCGCCGUCGAGGGCGAGAUCGCCGAGCUCAAGAGCAAGCUCGAGGCUGCUGAGAAGGCCGCCGAGCAGGCCAAGGCCGACCUCGACGCCAAGACCGCCGAGUUGGCCGAGGUGCAAUCCAGCGUCGCCGACCUCGAGAGCAAGCUCGCGGCCGCCGAGGCCGACGUCGCCAAGGCCAGGGAGGAGGCGCUCGAGUUCCAGAAGCAGAUCGACAGCAUCAAGGAGGAGAUCGCCGCCAAGGACGAGGCCCUCGAGAAGGCCAAGGCCGAGCACUCGGCCCAGGUCAAGAAGCACGAUGCCGAGCUCAAGCAGGUGUCCCAGGACUACGAGGAGGAGAUUGAGUCGCUCAAGGGAGACGCCUUCUUCAAGCGCAAGUUCCAGGACCUCGAGGCCAAGCACACCGAGCUCGAGACGGAGCACGGCGAGCUCAAGACGAAGCACGGCGAGCUGGAGUCGCAGCACGGCGAACUCACCACCAAGCUUGGCGACCUCGAGUCGAAGCAUACCGAGCUGACCACCAAGCACGGCGACCUCGAGUCGAAGCACACCGAGCUGACCACCAAGCACGGUGAGCUCGAGGCCCAGCACGGCGACCUCACCAAGAGCCACGCCGACACCUCUGAGAGCAACACCAAGGCCCUUGAGGCCGCCAAGGCCGAGCUCGCUGCCGCUGUUGCUGCUCUCGAGGCCAAGGAGGCUGAGCAUCAGAAGGCUCUCGACGCCAUCCGUGCCAGCCACGCCGAGGAGCUCGAGGGAGCCAAGAGCGGUGCUUCCGCUGACAAGGACGCCCAGCUCGCCGAGCUCCAGAGCCUGAAGGACAGCCACGCCAAGCAGCUCGAGAUUCUCAAGAGCGACAGCGAGGCCAGCCUGGCCAAGGAGAUUGAGGCGCUCAAGGCCUCCCACGCCGAGGUAGUCGAGGCUCUCCAGACCGAGACCUCUGGCGAGAAGGAGAAGCUGCUCGCGGAGAUUGCGAGCGCAAAGGAGAAGGCUCUGGCCGAGAGCUCCGGCGACAAGGAGAAGCUGCUUGCUGCCCACCAGGAGGAACUCGCUUCCAUCACCGAGAAGCUGCGCGCCGAGCACGAGGCCGAGCUCGCCGAGGCCAAGGAGAAGCUCGUGGCAUCCCACCAGGCCGAGCUCGAAGAGGCGAAGAAGGAGCUUGCUGCAUCGCACAAGGCCGAGUUCGAGGAGGCCAAGGCGAAGCUGCUCGAGUCGCACCAGGCCGAGUUGGCCUCUGUCAAGCAGGCCGGCGAAAGCGCCCACUCGGAAGAGCUCGCGACCAUCAAGAUCCAGCUCGAGGAGGCGCUGACGCGCAUCCGUGAGACGGAGACGUCGAGCGCCGCUGCUCUCGCCGAGGCCAAGAGGGACCUCGACGACACCCACUCCGCCGAGGUCGAGAAGCUCAUCUCCAUGCACGCCGAGCAGCUCGAGGCGCUGAAGCAGCAGAGCUCCUCUGGCGCCCGGGCCGAGCUUGACGAGAUCAACAAGGCCCACUCCAAGGUCGUCGAGGAGCUGACGAGCCAGUACGAGGCCCGAAGCGAGUCGCUCGCCAAGGAGGUUGCCAAGAUCUCUGCCGACUACUCGGAACUCGAGGCCGCGCUCCAGGCUGCCAAACAGUCCGUCACCAAGGCCGAGGCCGAGAAAUCCAAGAGCGAGGCCGGUGCGGCCGAGCUCCAGGCUGCCCUGAAGGCUGCCAGGGACUCGGUUGCCAAGGUCGAGGCCGAGAAGGCCAAGCUCGAGGAGGAGUGCGGUGAGCUCGGUGCGAUGAUCUCGACGGAGAAGUUUGCUCGCGCCGAGGCCGAGGCGGCUCUCGAUGCCGUCAAGAACAAGACGCCCGACACUGCGGAAGCGGACAACCUCCGCGAGCAGCUCAACAACGUCAAGAAGGGGCUCGAGGAGGAGCUCAACGUCGUCCAGAAGAGCCUCACCGCUGCCAAGCAGGAGGUCGAGGACGUCAAGGAGGACCUGUUGCUCGCCCAAAAGGAGCUCGAGGCGUCGAAGCUCGAGGCCGACAAGCAGCUCAAGACCUACAAGGCCGACUACGAGGAGCUCAACGACACGAUGACCAAGAUUGUGGAGGAGGAGCAGGCCAAGCGGAAAGCCCUGGAGGAGCAGAUUGACGGCCUGAAGAAGACGCUGGCCGACAAGGAGAAGGGCGUGGAGGAGUUCCAGGCGCAGCUCAAGGUGAAGGACGCCGAGAUCGCGGAGGCCAAGGUAGGCAAAACACGGGACGGCACGGACGGACGGGCAAUCACUAACACGGCACAGGCCAACGCGGCGGUCGGCAAGCCCAAGGGGCUCGCGGCCAGCAGAUUCGCGGAUGCCGACGACGAGGCGGAGGGCGCAGCGGACAAGCCCGCGGAAGGUGAGGAAGAAGACCAUUCCUCCGAGGCACUGGCUGUGCUGCAACGAGCUAGAGUCAACGCGAACCAGAUCCACAACAUGGACCGCGACAUGCAGGAGAAGAACCUAGCCAUGCUCGAGUCCAUCACGGACUUCCAGCAGUCGCCGCGGCUCGACAAGUGA